AUGGCCUCAAUAAGAUGUGCUGCUGCAAGGCUAUUGCGUAUGGCUCCAGGUCUAUCACGGCUGAUGUUAGUACCGCUACAACGAAAUGUUACAUUCAAAGGCGGAGAUCCGAGAAACCAUGUUAGAUAUAUGUUUGGAGCCGCAUCUAUAGGAUUAGCAUUGCUUGCUGGAACUCAUAUAUAUAAUGAAAAAAAGUUCUUCAAGGCUGCACAAGUUGGUAAUGUUGCUGAGCUCCAUAAACAAAUAACAGCUGUUAAGGACAAUGGAUAUAAUUCAGGUGAAGGCAAUGAUGGACCAGCAGACAGACGUCAUUCUCUUGGUUGGACUGCUCUUAUGGCAGCGGCUGCGAAUGACCACCCUACUGCUGUAAAAGAAUUACUUAAAUUAGGGGCGCGACCUGACUUGCGGGAACAAUAUGCUGGUGCAUCAGCAACUGCUGCUACAACAGGUUUACAUCCUUUGGAAGUCUUACAACGACGAGAGGAUGAGUUCUGUAGUUCAAUGAAUGCCCGAGCAUCAUUUCUAGGGUGGACUGCACUACAUUAUGCUGCAUUGUCUGAUUCCACGGCAUCUGCUCAAGCUUUAUUAGAAGCUGGAGCUGACCCAACGGUGCGAGACCAUGCUGGUCGACGCGCAUUACAUUACGCCAGGGAUCCAUCUCCCACGCGUGACGUCAUUGUAGAGCAUGCGCGGCGUUGGGAAGAAGCAGCCGCCGCUGCUGCGGCAGAAGAACGACGCAGAUUUCCUCUUGAACAACGGUUGAAACAAUUUAUUGUAGGCCAACAAGCUGCAAUUGAAACGGUCGCUGCCGCCGUCAGACGAAAAGAGAAUGGUUGGGCAGAUGACGAUCAUCCUCUUGUUUUUCUCUUCCUUGGUAGCUCUGGGAUAGGUAAAACGGAGCUUGCUAAGCAAUUGGCUCGGUACAUGCACAGAGACGACCCAGCAGCGUUUAUCAGGCUAGAUAUGUCGGAAUACCAAGAGAAGCAUGAAGUGGCUAAGCUGAUUGGUGCUCCGCCAGGGUAUGUUGGACACGAAGAGGGGGGGCAGCUGACUAGAGCCCUGGCACGGCGCGCUGAUGCUGUUGUUUUGUUUGACGAAGUAGAUAAGGCGCAUCCAGAUGUGUUGACUGUACUGUUGCAGCUUUUUGAUGAAGGCCGUUUGACAGAUGGGAAAGGCAAACUUAUCGAGUGUAAGAACGCAAUUUUCGUGAUGACAUCAAAUCUGGCUGCGGACGAAAUUGCCCAGUACGGACUGGACUUACGUCGGGAGCAAGAGACCUUGCAUAAGCAGAGGGCACGCGCCCGCGCCGCUCAGGGCGAGCCCACCACUCCAAUCCGAGAGGACGAAGUACCUGAACAGUCUUUGGAAGUCUCGCGACAAUUCAAAGACAGCGUGGUCCGGCCGAUAUUAAAACGUCACUUCGGACGCGACGAGUUCCUCGGAAGGAUUAACGAGAUUGUUUACUUUCUGCCGUUCUCCAGGCAGGAACUGCUUACCCUGGUGCAGUUGGAGCUCGGGCGGUGGGCGGACAAAGCCAGAGAACGACACGCUAUAGAACUCCGAUGGGAGGGCGGCGUCCUUGGUGCCCUUGCAGAUGGAUAUGACGUACACUACGGGGCACGUUCGAUAAAACACGAAGUGGAACGUCGUGUGGUGAAUCUGAUUGCGUUAGCAGCUGAACGUGGCGCGUUGGGACGGGGCGCGAGUGUGCUGCUGCAUGAGGCUGGAGGUCGCGUGGCCCUGGCGGUGCGGACUCGAGGGGCUUCGGAAUACCAACCGUUGGAUCUUACUACUCUUUAG